AUGGCCGUAGGGGGCCUUCCACAGACUGGGGGCCCCUCAUGGGGGCCCCCAGCCACCCCCAGGGGCCCCCGGAGGCCCCAGGGGCCCCAGGGGGCCCCUGGAAAGCUGAAGGCCCCGGGGGCCCCAGGGGGCCCCGGGGCCCCUGUGGGGCCCCCUUUGGUAUUUGGGUACCCAAGGGAAGUAUCUCAUGAAGAGUUAUUUCAUUGUCAUAGGUGGUUUGGGGCCCCCGCAGCAGCAGCAGCAGCAGCAGCAGGUAAAAAGGCGUCAGCAGCAGCAGCAGCAGCAGCAGCAGCAAGGGAGUGGCUUCCUCCCCGUCUGAUACGUUGCAGAGACACCGCAGCAGUGCUGCUGCAGCAGCAGCAGCUGCAGCAGCAGGGCUGGGACAUCAGCAGCAGCAGAGCGCAGCAAGAGCUGUUUGCUGCAGCAGCAGACAGCAACAGGGGGGCGCUAUGGGGCCCCUACAUACCUGCGCCGCACUUGCACUACGCCCCUAGCAGCAGCAGCAGCAGCAGCAGCAGCAGCAGCAGCAGCAGCAGCAGCAGCAGCAGCUGCAGCAGCAGAAGCAACUUCGUGGCUUAUAUGCUGCCGCUGAGGGCAAACGAAUGGGUGGCGGUCCGCAGGGCGGUUUGGUUCAGAGUUUUGAGGGGCCUGGCUGAGUGUCGGGGCCAUUUGUUUCCCCCAAGUGUCUCUUACAGCUUAGUGGCUGCUGAGGGCCCGGCGGCUCCAAGUGCCUCCUCGUGGGCCCCCACCCGCAGCAGCAGCAGCAGCAGCAGCAGCAGCAGCAGCAGCGGCAGCAGCAGCAGCUGCUGCAGCAGCGACUUGCGCAGCGGCACUGUUGCUGCUGGGGCUCCCGGCAUCCGCAUCACUGCGCUGCCCGGGCCUGAGAUCUUCGGAGACCUUCCCCAGCAGCAGCAGCAGCAGCAGCAGCAGCAGCAGCAGCAGCAGCAGCAGCAAGACGCUGCAGUUGCUGCUGCGUUCCUGGAGGACUUCACCUCCGCUCGUUUUGCUGCUCUUGCUUUUCUGGACAGUUUUGACUGUGGAAGGCACUUGGGCUGUAUAGACUCUUCGGGGGGCCCCCAGGGGCCCCUCGCCUCUUCGGGGGCCCCUGCUGCGCUGCGGCUGCUGCAGCUGGAUAACAGGCUGCAGCAAAACUCUUUGGUGCCACAAGAAGUGCAGCAGCAGCUCGAUGCGAUAGAUGAAGAGUUGUGCUGCGCCGCAGGUGUAUCUGCUGGACGCCGAUGUGGGGCAGCCGAUUUGCUGCGCCCCUGGCAGUGUCUCUCUUCUCUCCGUGAGCAGCAGCAGCAGCAGCAGCAGCAGCGAAGCCAAUUAGUCCCUUUUGCUGCUGCAGUCUCUUCGCUUUUGUCUCUCUGCUGCUGCUUCUGCUGCUGCUGCUGCUACUGCUGCUGCUGCUGCUACUGCUGCUGCUGCUGCUACGGACCGAGAUGCCUACAAAGCCUUCUUUGUCUGUGCAUGCAUUGCGCGUGGUGCAUUUUGCAUUUCAUAUAUAUAUAA